UUACUUGUUACAGUUUUGUCUUCUUUUUUCUAUCUUAGUUCACAUUGUCUUCCCCCAGAAGAAAUCAUUCAUCAAAAGACAGAGGAAAUAGAUAAGAUAGAGAGGGAAGAUGCCCGAAACUAGAUUCGAGGUACCAGAAAUGGUGAGGUUGGAGAUUCUGUCAAAGCUUCCAGUUAAAUCCUUGACACGUUUCAGGUGCGUUUGUAAGUCUUGGUGUUCAUCUUUUCAAACCCCUCAUUUCAUUACCAAACAUCAGCAAAACAACCUCCACAACAACAACCUUAAUCUCCUCCUCAAACGUUGUCUGGGUAACACCCGUGAUGACAUCUACUAUUUCUCUCAACUUUCAACUGAGAAAGGCCAAAACUUUUCGGUACAAGACAACAUUCACUUACCCUUUUUCGAGGAUUGUUGGUAUGCCCCUGUGGUUUCAGGUCCUUGUAAUGGAUUGUUGUGUUUACAUGAUGCUGAUAAGGUUGCCCUUUGGAACCCAUCAACUAGAGAGUUUAAAACUCUCCCUCAAUCCACAGUCCAACGCCCUCCCUCAGUAGAUUCCACUAGUUUUGGUUGCGUUGGUAUUGGGUUUGAUUCUCAAAAUGGUGACUACAAAGUGGUAAGAUUUGUUACUAAUUAUUUUGAAGAGAAUGAAGAUGAAGGGUUAAUGGGUGAUUGGAACCACCAAGUUGAGUUAUAUUCACUUAAAAGCGAUUCAUGGAAAGAGAUUUCAGUUCCCGGGGUUCAACCUUAUGGAUCUCCUUUGUUUAAUAAUUACGUAAAUGGGUUUUAUUAUUGGCAGGCAAUUGGGGACUCUGAUUACCUUAUUCUCUCAUUUGAUAUGGUCAAUGAAAAGUUUUCUGCUUUACCAUUGCCUGAAUUUGGUGGGUCUUUAGCUGAAUACUAUUUGGAACUUUUGGAUUUCAAUGGACUGCUUGGUGCUAUUAUUUACCCAAGGGAAGGGACUGACAAAUCUUUUGAUUUAUGGGUUAUGAAUGGAUCGUGGACUAAACAAUUCAGUAUUGAAUCUCUUCCUAGGGUUGAGAGGCCUUUGGGGUUUUGGAAAAAUGGUGAAUUGUUUCUUGAGAGCUCGGAUCAUGAACUUGUGUUGUUUGACCCCUCCACACGAGAGCUUAAAAGUCUUGGUAUCCAUGCUUAUCAGGAAACGAUGCAGAUUAUUACUUAUGUUGAGAGCUUGGUUCCAAUCAAUGGAAGAUCAGAGCGCGAGGAACUUAUAAUACGUCGGCCGGCUGGAGACGCAUCGAAUUGAUAUUGAAUAUGAAAAUGGAUGGGGACUACAACAAAAGAGUGUGUUGAGUACAGGUAUGAUCAAUGGUUUUUAAUGUAUUUGGAGGAUCAGAUUCUCAUACCCAUAUCUGGAAAUCUAACACGAAUACUAGAUAUGGGUGCUUAAAGAAAACUAAGAUGUUGGAGCAAAAUUGGCAGUGAUAUGAUGAUAGUCCUCAUGGCACCACUGUUGACUUAUUACCUAGAUUGAUGAUCGUCCGUAUCUAAAAUGGUGCCUAACACUAGUUACGGAUGCUUCAAGAAAACUGAAAAGUACAGAAAGAAUCUUAUGAGCUAGGUUGCUCUACUGUUCAUUUAUUUCGCGUAGUCCAUAUUUUUAUUCAACAUAAAUUCGAACAUGAAUACACGACUAUGACCUUUCAAGGAUGAAACUUCCUAAUAUUUGAAAAACUUCAAACUUAAAUCUA